AUGAUAAAAUUACGAGUCUAUGGCCACGUACUAAAGCGUAUUUGGUCAGACCCUGAGCGACGACGUUUAAUUCUUCGACUCGUUAGUGGUGGUGCAACUAGUGCUUUGGUCGUGGCAAUUCUUCAAGUGGUUUUCAAAGGAUUGUGCGGCACUCCAUGGGAAGCGGUGCGCUUGUUAGGAAGUUUGAUUACUGUCGUAAGCUCGACUAUCUUCAGGUUCAUGGCACGAAGGUGCAAGCCCAAGUUUAAGAAUUGGACGCUUCACUUUGAGAUUUUAUGUGCUGUCAUCCGAGAAUGCGUCCGAAGUCCCCGUGGUGAACGAAUGGUGAUGGAUGUCAAGUAUGCACGUGCAAUCCGAUCGCAAAGUGCUGUUUUUGGUACAGUCUUUGGGUGGCUUGCUUGUCGCCAGCACGGACGGCGUAUUGAAGCUGUGCAUACGAAUGGCAUGGAACAUAUUUGGCUCCGACCUGCAAAAAGUCCUCAGACAUUGACGGCCAAACGCUUGGUGGUCCUCUUUGUUCACGGUGGUGGAUGCACCAUCAUGAGCCCGAGACUCUACAUCACGUUCGGAGCAACGCUCGCCGUUGCGAUUGAGAAGGAGCUCUGUCGACAGCUUGGUACACAAGCCCCCGUGCAAAUCGACGUUUUUCUGGCAAACUAUCGCAAGGCACCUGAACACUGCUUCCCGAUACCUCCUGAAGACGUCGUCACUGCAUACAAAUAUCUGCUUCACACAGAGGGCAUUCCUCCGGAACAAAUUAUCCUUGCGGGUGACAGUGGUGGUGGUGGACUUGUGAUGUCCACACUGCUGAGAAUGCGAGACGCGAGCAAAGAGCACUUACCUCUAGCUGCUAUUGUAAUUUGCCCUACUGUGGAUUUGUCGGAGAUUGAAACACACGGCGAUCCAGAGGUUUCGUCAGCCCAUUGUCUACUAGCGCCAGCGAUGUGUGCUGCUGGACGAUUGGGCUAUCAUACGACGGCAGCUGACCCAACAACAUGGUUGGACGCUUCGUCCGUUCACUGUGAUCUACGUGGACUUCCACCGGUUUUCGUGCAGACUGCAAGCCUCGACUAUGUUUAUCAACACUCGAUACGACUUGCUCAGAAAGCAGUGGAUGACGGCGUGACGGACUGGGAACUCGACGUCCAUGAGAACUUGCCGCACGAUUUUGUAAUUUUUCCGUCCUACGUGCUCCCGUAUGCACAGGUCGGUGUGCAAAGGUUGGCAAAUUUUGCUGCAAAGUACUUUGCCAAGUCUUUGAGUACUGGUCUUCCUGUGUCCACGACCAAUGUUUUCACGAUGAAUAUGGCGUAG